GGUGGCCGCGGAGCAGCGCAAAAAGACCUUUGUUUUAACCAUGCCCAUGGAGCUGACGCAGAGCCGCAUCCAGAAGAUCUGGCUGCCCAAUGACAACCACCCGGCGCUGCCCCGCCGCUCCUGUGGGCCACAACUUGCCAAUUCUCCCACUGUGAUAGUGAUGGUUGGCCUCCCAGCCCGGGGGAAGACUUACAUCUCUAAGAAGCUGACUCGCUAUCUCAACUGGAUUGGUGUCCCAACAAAAGUUUUCAAUGUGGGGGAGUAUCGCCGUGAGGCAGUGAAGCAUUACAGCUCCUAUGACUUCUUUCGCCCCGACAAUGAAGAGGCUAUGAAAGUCAGGAGGCAGUGUGCUCUGGCUGCCCUGAGGGAUGUUAAGCUGUACCUGACGGAGGAGACUGGCCAGAUUGCGGUUUUUGAUGCCACAAAUACCACACGGGAGAGGAGAGGGAUGAUCCUAAAUUUUGCCAAAGAAAAUGGGUUCAAGGUGUUCUUCAUCGAAUCUGUCUGCAAUGAUCCCAAUGUUGUUGCCACCAAUGUCAUGGAAGUAAAACUGUCCAGUCCUGAUUACCGGGACUGUAAUUCGACCGAUGCAAUGGAGGACUUCAUGAAAAGAAUCAAUUGUUACCAGGCCAGCUACCAGCCACUUGACCCUGAUGACUAUGACCGGGAGCUUUCUCUCAUCAAAGUCAUCGAUGUUGGCCGGCGGUUCCUGGUCAACAGGGUUCAGGAUCACAUCCAAAGCAGGAUUGUUUACUACCUAAUGAACAUCCAUGUCCAGCCCCGCACCAUUUAUCUUUGUCGGCACGGUGAGAGUGAGUUCAACCUCAAGGGGAAGAUUGGAGGUGACUCAGGCCUCUCCAACAGGGGCAAGAAGUUUGCACAGGCACUGAACAAAUUUGUUGAGGAGCAGAACCUGAAGGACCUCAAAGUCUGGACCAGCCAACUAAAGAGAACAAUCCAAACAGCAGAAGCACUCCAGCUGCCCUAUGAGCAGUGGAAGGCCCUCAAUGAAAUAGAUGCUGGUGUGUGUGAAGAAAUGACUUAUGAAGAAAUCAGGGACCAGCAUCCAGAGGAAUUUGCUUUACGUGAUCAGGAUAAAUAUUACUACCGUUACCCUUCUGGAGAGUCCUACCAAGAUCUGGUGCAGCGCCUGGAGCCAGUCAUCAUGGAGCUGGAGAGACAAGAGAACGUCCUUGUGAUCUGUCACCAGGCUGUCAUGCGCUGUCUCCUUGCUUACUUCCUGGACAAGAGUGCAGAUGAAAUGCCCUACCUGAAAUGUCCUCUUCACACGGUACUGAAGUUGACCCCAGUGGCUUAUGGCUGCCGUGUGGAAUCCAUCUCCCUGAAUAUUGAAGCUGUGAACACUCACAGGGAGCGGCCAGAGGAAGCAAAGAAGGGACCUAACCCGCUCAUGAGACGUAAUAGCGUUACCCCUCUAGCAAGCCCAGAGCCCAUCAAAAAGCCUCGCAUCAACAGCUUUGAGGAGCAUGUGGCUGUUUCUUCCGCCUUGCCAGGCUGUGUUCCUCAGGAAGUGCCCACGCAGCUGCCGGGACAAAACAUGAACAACUCGCAGAAGCCGUCGUGAGUCCCUUAGUGCUGUCGCGAGGCCACCAGCGACGCCAGCUCCCAUCCCAUCGUCAUUUCUGAAGCUUGCUUGUAAAACAGGUCUCCUCCAUUUGUGGUGAGGUCGACCCUCGGCUGUUUCUACCCACGCCUGUUCAUCUGCAAACUGCUCUGCUGAAGGGGGGAGAGAAGUGGGAGAGCGAUGGAGAGGAGGGAGAUGAGCUCCCAGGUCUUCAGGCUGCAGCCUUGCUCUCCUCUCUGGUGUCCUGCUAGUGUGUAGCAAGCUGGGAAGCGCUUCUAGCGCACAGGAGUUUCCAAGUUCUAAUUUUUCCUUCUAAGCGGUUUUGAGCUCUUUUUGUAUAGACUAAUGGUACCCAUCCGACUUUGGGUGGAGUGUGUGUAUAUAUGUGAAUGGUGCGGGGUUAGCAGAGU